AAAUACUGACCUUUGAUACCAGAUACUAGGCACAACCUUUGUGAUCAUUUUUAUUCUAUACUUCUGAAGCAAAGUUGACUUAUCACUCCAUGUGUGCAACGUCAGGAAAAAGUGCAGUAGUGUCCCAGCUCACAUCAUGUGCUAGUGUCAUUAUGGUAAUGGUGAGAACAGAAGGAGUUACUUUUCAUGAAGUUCUAAUAGAGAGCUGUAUCUCAACCAGCAACAAGCCAUACCUCAGCACAGAGUGAGUAGUUCAUAUGUUAAUAUUGCAUUUUUACCUGACUUAUUUUUUGUUUUGUGAGGGAGAAGUGGCCUUUCAUUUUGAACGUUUCUCUUCAUAUGAACCAAAGCAGCAGCCGUUCUGCAACAUGUGGCAGUGGGCAUUGCUCCCCAUCUGCCUGGCUGUCUUUGGCACUGUGGGCAUUUGGACUGUCUUUGCUGUAGCUGUAACAAAUGGAUCAGUCAACCUCACAGAGGGAGUCCCUUACAUCAGCAAGUGUGGCACAUACAACCCUCAGAGCUGUCUUUUCUCCCAGGUCUGCAACAUCUGCUCUGUUUUAGCCCUGUGGAUUGUGGUGAUCCGUUUUCAGCAGGUUAAGGACUAUGGUAACCAUGGCAGGGCUAACACUGCCAGCAUUGUUUUGGGAUUCAUCUCCUCUGUGGGGAUCUCUGUCAUUGGCAAUUUCCAGCAGUCAGUUUUAAUGGAAAUUCACCUUUUGGGAGCAUUCCUGGCUUUCUUCCUUGGCCUCGCCUACUUCUGGGUACAGCUGUUUCUAAACUUUCAGGCUCUGCCUUCUCAGGACCGAUGCUGGGUGGCGUCAGCCAGGGCAACCUGCUGCAUCCUCUGUACCAUCCUGGUCAUCGUUAUGUCCGUUCUCCACAAUAGAGGCUAUCCCUCUGGGGCUGCCGUGUGUGAAUGGGCCUUGGUCAUGUUGUUCUUCUGCCUGUUUGGCCUUUUUGCAGCUGAGUUCAGACACAUCGACUGCCACCACCUCACUGUCCAGACACAAGCUUUGAGGAAUGACUGCAGCCCUGCCUCAACAGAAAUGAAUGGUUAUGCUGCAAAUGCACUCAGCUGAACACACACACAACUGCAUACAAGUGAAUGUUGUUCAAAAACAACUUCCUCUGUACCUACAGUUGCCAUAUUGACUUAAAUGUGGGUAUAAUGCCUGGGCACUAGAUUCAUAAUGUACAUAUUCUAUUACUGUGUACAGUAUUACUGCUUUAGUUUCUUUCAGCCACUCAAUGGGGAGUUUCUGAUAUUGCUAUUUAUUAUAUUUUUGUAUUUGCCAUUUUAAAAGAUUCAAUAACAUAUUUGUUUGAUAGCAGCAUAUUUGAAUCUCUUUAAUAAAACUGUAUUGAACCCUUCAAAAAAUUAUUUAAAAAAAUACCCACCAUAUUAUUCAAAAGACCAAGGUGAUGU